AUCUGUUGCUUGUUUCCCCUGGUGGAGGCGGACGAGUUGCUGGAGGAGCAAAUCAAAAUGGCGAGCCAAGAGGAGUCUGUGAGGGAGUUCGUCGCCGUUACCGAUGUGGAUGAGGAGAGGGCCCGCUUUUUCCUUGAGUCCGCCGGCUGGAAUUUGCAGCUUGCACUCGCCAGUUUCUUCGAGGAUGGAGCUGAUGACGACAUAGUGACUCUUCCUCAACCUGAGAUCGGCUCCUCGGUGUCCCGGUCUGCUGGGCCCAGCGCUCAGCCCAGAGUGACGUCCUUCAGAGAUAUGAUGCAUGAGGCAGAGGAUGAGAGUGAUGAGGAGGAAGGCCAAAGGUUUUUCGCGGGGGGCUCAGAGCGCAGUGGGCAGCAGAUCGUCGGACCUCCCAAGAAGAAGAGCUCCAACGAAGUGGUGGAGGAUUUGUUCAAGGGGGCGAGGGAACAUGGGGCUGUGCCGCUGGACAAGCCUGGGAGAGGCCCAGGGGAGAGCAGCAAAGCCAGGGCCUUCAUUGGUGGCGGCUACAGGCUAGGCGCAGCUCCCGAGGAGGAGUCAGCCUAUGUGGCUGGAGAAAGGCACGGCUCCAAAAGCCAGCAGGAUGUCCACGUGGUGCUGAAGCUGUGGAAGACCGGUUUCAGUCUGGAUAACGGUGAGCUCAGAAACUACAGCGAUCCUGGAAAUUCCAACUUCCUCGAGGCAAUCAGAAGGGGGGAGAUUCCCCUGGAGCUGAGGCAGCGGUCCCGAGGGGGCCAGGUCAACCUAGACAUGGAGGACCACAGGGACGAGGACUUCUCCAAACCCAGGAUGGUGUUCAAGGCCUUCGGUGGCGAAGGACAGAAGUUGGGAAGUGUCACCCCAGAUUUGGUUGAAGCUCCGGCCACCUAUCAGCAGGAACAGGCCGCCAGCGAGGCCCAAGCGAGCACCUCCGUGACGCUGGACUCCUCCCAGCCCGUCACUAACAUUCAGAUCAGACUGGCCGACGGCGGCAGGCUGGUCCAAAGGUUCAACUACAGCCACAGGGUGUCUGAUGUGCGCCAGUUUUUGGUGGGGGCCCGGCCCGCCAUGGCUGCCAGAGAGUUUGUCCUCAUGACCACCUUCCCCAACAAGGAGCUGUCGGACGAGGGCCAGACGCUGGAGCAGGCUAACCUCCUCAACGCAGUCAUCGUCCAGCGGCUAAAUUGAGGGGGGGAGAGUGUAAGACCAACCCUUCCCCUCCACCCCCCCCCCCUCCACCCGGUGGUGUGGCUGAGUAACUGCAGCCCUGUGAAAGCUGCUGCCCCUUCUGAGGGAGGAGAAAACACAGACUUAUGUUUGGACUUCUAAUUUCUGAUUUAUGUUGUUUUUCUAAAGUGAAACAUAACAUUCUGUUAUGGGGGGGGUGUUUACCUGACAGCACUAGAUGGUUUAACCCAAAAAAAUGCAGCAGCAGUCCAGCUUCCCGCAGAAAUGUUCACUAAACCCGGCUCUCUUUUCUCCUUUAACACGCUCCCCACUUUUUUCGUCUUCUAUUAACCUUCAUUUGGCCCUUCAGCUAGUUUCAGGUGCUGGGGCCUCACCAGAUCCAUGCAAAGGCAGAUUCCCCGUCUGUUUGUCCGUCUCAAUGGCACAAACCAGACCCACAUAGGGAAUACUCGUCUUAAGAAGGCAAAAGUACAUGUUGACAAUGUGCUUUUGUGCAAGCUUCCAUCUCACUCCACAUAUUCUAUGUGGAGUGAGAUGUGUAAUAGUGUAACAAAACACAAGGGGGGGGUUCUCCAACCAACCUAUACCGGUAGCCUUACGCUCCUUCCUCCAGCUCCAUCACCACACCUGUCCCUUUGUUCAAAUGAAGAUGGAAUUAUUUUUUUAAACCCCCCCCUUCCCUUUUACAGACUGUAGGGUUGUCCCAGUUAGACGGUGGCAUUUUGAUAUUGUGUGACAUGACGAACAGUUACACGCGGCUUUAUAGUCAAACCAAUGGUUGAGCAAAAGAACAUUUAGAUUGUAAACGCUGGUUUGUAGAAGUGGAAGUUGAAUUCCUGCGACGACACUGACACCUUCUAUGCAUCCUGGGGCGACACAGAAAUAUGUUUGGACCUCUGGUGAAAUAAAUCCAUUUUAUGGUUGAUGUAUAAAGAA